CUUGUGAUCUUUUAUUAUGGAAGACGAAAACAACUAUAAUGCUGUGCCCCCUCCGGCAUCGCUCACAUCUAACAAUGCGCCCGUUAACUUCAACGAUGCUUUAUCCAAAGCAAGAGCCAUUGCUGAAAAGUUGAAGCAGCAAUCCGCCGCCGCUGCCCCAUCCGAUUCAGCUUACCUGUCUUCCUCCGCUGGAUCAAAGCGAGGUUAUCGUGAAGAUUCUGAGGAGCGCGAUGACUAUCGAUCUCAAAGCUCUCGAGGCUACGAAGAACGUGAUUAUAAGCGAAGUGCUUAUGAAAGCAGCGGUUCCUCGAGACCUACAUACAGUACAGGUAGCGAUGCUCGUCGCUAUGGUCUUGGUUCCGAGGAGCGAAGCAAUAUGUCAUCAUAUGGUUCAUCGUCCACUGGUCCGCAAGUACAAGAAGAAAUAACGGUACCAAAUCAUAUGGUUGGAUUGAUCAUCGGCCGAGGUGGCGAUAAUCUCAAGAAGAUUGAACGCAUGUCUGGUGCAAAAGUGCAAUUUUUGUCAGAUACCGGCGAUUCUGAAAGACGUGUUAACCUUGUCGGUGACAGAGACGAGCUGAAGAUCGCCCGUGACAUGAUUCAACAAGUUGUGGAUGAUACAAUGGCGGGUGAAACAGGUCGUCGUGGUGGACCUGGGGAGACAUUCGGCGGAUCUGGUCCUACUGUAUCGGCGGCAAUGAGCGGCAACAGUCUCAUGAUUCACAUUCCUGCCAACAAAGUGGGACUAGUGAUCGGUCGUGGCGGAGAAACCAUCCGUGAUUUGGAAGAACGAAGUGGUGCGAAGAUCAUGAUUUCUCCGGAAGGGUCAGCUCCAAGCUCUGGCGAAAGAUCAGUUAAUAUAAUUGGUUCGCAAGAUGCCAUUCAACGCGCAAAGACUCUUAUUGAGGAUAUUACCAAGGAUGAUGGCUAUGGUGUGCAAGUGACUCACAGCCGUGACUGGGCUGCUUAUCGCGAACAGCAUUACAAUAGCAACGCAGACAACAGCAAAGCGGCUCAUGGCGAAGGCCGAAAAAUAGCGGCACCUGAGAGCAGUGGUGCAAGCGGUGCAAGCGCUGCGAGUAGUGCGAGCGGAUAUUCUGCGCCACCUUUUGCGACUGGCGCUAAUGCGUCGUCAUACGAUCGUAGUGGUCCACCCUCUGGUGCCCACUCGGCUUCAUACGAUCGCAGUGGUCCACCCUCUGGCGCUUACGAUCGACCAUAUGGAGGUGGUGGCGGUGGUGGUUACCGCGGACGAUACAAUAACGAUGACAUGGAAACCAUUCAGGUGCCACGCGAAGCCGUAGGUUUCAUUAUCGGCAAAGGUGGUGAAACGGUUCGUGGAUUGCAAGAUCAGUCCGGCGCCAGAAUCAAAGUCAAUCAGAAUAGCUCCGAUCAUAAUUCGAGCGAAAGAACGAUUAGUAUAUUCGGUUCACCGGAUCGUAUUGCGUUGGCGAAGCAGCUCAUUCUGGAAAAAGUCGAGGCAGGAAGUGCUAAUCGUGGAUCCGGACGUUAUGGCGGGGAAGGCUAUGGCAGAGGUGGCUAUGGCUCCCGUGGUGGAGGUUAUGGUGGCGGCCGAUACAGCCAUGGAUCAUCUUAUCAUCAGGAUAAUGCGGAUCCCGCAGCUUAUGAUUAUUCACAGUAUCAACAAUAUUACGCUCAAUAUGGCUACGACCAAUACGCUCAGGCGGAUCCGAAUGCCGCUGCACAAGGCUAUGAAGGCUAUCAGUAUGCCGGCUAUCCAUAUGCUUAUGGCGGCUAUCCUUCAGCUGCCCCGAGUGCAGAGAAUGCUGAAGCCAAUGCUGGCGAUGCGAGUGGCGCGGUUGCUUCUGCCGAUAAGGAGACCUCUUCGAGCGAAGCCGCCCCUGCAGAAGGUGCUCCCAAGGAUGAUCAAAACGCCGCUUACUAUGCGCAAUAUUACGGUAACCAAGGUGACCAGCAAUGGACUCAGGAAGCUUAUAAUCAAUGGUACCAACAAUACUAUGGCGGGCAAUAUGGUAACUACGAUCAACAGCAACAAGCUGCAUCAGAAGAUAAGGAAAAUGCUGCAGAAGUGCCUCCAUCUAGCGAACCUACAACAUCGGCUUCAAAUGAAGCAUCGGCGGAGGCGCCUUCCGCUCCACAAAAUGAGGCACAGGAGUAGAUCUUUUUAUUCAUUGCAGUGCUACUGUUUAUUCCAGAAGUGACUGUAGGAAUUCGAAUAUUAUGAUAUAUAAAAAAAAUCAUGUCGAAAUAAAAAAGACGUAGACAAACAUGGCAUGACGAAG